GAGCACGUACUAUAUAGCACGUGUUUGCGUGCACCGGCGGCAGCACAGCCCAGACGGCUAAGCCCAGGCAACACUGCGGCACGUACGCGCGCAGAGAUACACAGAGCAGCUAGUAGCUCGCUCGCAACACCAGCAAAAGCUUGAGAGUCAUGGGGAGUGUGCCAGAGGAGACGGCGGCCCUGGACAACAUCGGCGACCUGGUGAGCGACCUGAGGGAGGUGUACGAGAGCGGCAGGACCCAGGACAUGGAGUGGCGGCAGUCGCAGCUCAGGGGCCUCGUCAGGCUCCUGGAGGACGAGGAGGAGGCCAUCUUCGACGCGCUCCACGAGGACCUGGGCAAGCACCGCGUCGAGGCCUUCAGAGACGAGGUUGGGGUUCUGAAGAAGUCCGUCGUCGACAAGCUGCAAAACCUCAAGAAAUGGGCGGCUCCGGAGAAGGCUCACACGCCGCUCGUCGCCUUCCCGGCGACGGCGCUGGUGGUGCCGGAGCCGCUCGGGGUUGUGCUCAUCUUCUCAUGCUGGAAUCUCCCAAUAGGCCUAGCUCUGGAACCUCUCUCGGGAGCCCUGGCGGCCGGGAACGCUGCGGUGGUGAAGCCAUCGGAGCUGGCGCCGUCCACGUCGGCGUUCCUGGCGGCCAACAUACCCAAGUACCUGGACUCCAAGGCCGUGAAGGUCGUCGAGGGCGGGCCUGAGGUCGGGGACAAGCUCAUGGACUACCCAUGGGACAAGGUCCUCUUCACUGGCAGCAGCCGUGUUGGGCGCCUGAUCAUGACCAAGGCCGCCAAGCACCUCACCCCGGUGGCGCUAGAGCUCGGCUCCAAAUGCCCCUGCAUCGUCGACUGGCUUGACAGCAACAGGGACAGCCAGAUAGCUGUUAAUCGCAUUAUUGGAGCGAAAUGGUCCACCUGCUCCGGCCAAGCCUGCAUCGCCAUCGACUACCUGCUGGUGGAGGAGGAAUUCGCUCCGAUUCUGAUCGAGAUGCUCAAAUCAACGCUCGAGAGGUUCUUCACCAGGCCAGAGUACAUGGCGCGCAUUCUGAACGAGAAGCAUUUCCAGAGGCUCAGUGGCUUCCUGGCCGACCGCAGGGUGGCGUCCUCCGUCGUCCAUGGCGGGCACUUCAACCCCAAGACACUGAGCAUCGAGCCCACACUUCUGCUGAACCCUCCGCUUGACUCGGACAUCAUGACGGAGGAGAUAUUCGGCCCGCUGCUCCCGAUCAUCACGGUGAAGAAGAUCGAAGACAGCAUCAAGUUCCUCAAGUCGAAGCCGAAGCCGCUGGCGAUCUACGCCUUCACCAGGAACGAGAAGCUCAAGCAGCGGAUCAUCGACGAGACGUCGUCGGGGAGCGUCACCUUCAACGACGCCAUCGUGCAGUAUGGGCUGGACAGCAUCCCGUUCGGUGGCGUAGGGCACAGUGGGUUCGGGCAGUACCACGGCAAGUACACGUUCGAGAUGUUCAGCCACAAGAAGGCGGUGCUCAAGAGGAGCCUCCUCGUCGAAUUCAUGUUCCGGUACCCGCCGUGGGACGAGACCAAGAUCGGGAUGCUCAGGCGCGUCUACCGUUUCGACUACGUCUCGCUCUUCCUCGCGAUCGUCGGCCUAAGGAGAUAAAAGCAGCCGGCGGUGAUGAGUGAAUAAUCCAGCAGACAGAAUUUACCACUACAGUUGCUAAUGGACAAGUUUGAGCAGCAACGGUUAUGGAUUCGUUUAUAUAUAUACUACUGGUCGAUGAAUACAACAAAGCGUCUAUACUGUUGUUUUGUACGUGUCUGUCAAAAGAUUUAAGAAUAAUCGAUUAUCCUUUUAGUUUGUGCUUUUCUUGAACAA